ACCACUUGUGGAAUUGAUAAAAAAACAAACCAAACCCAAUAAGUCAUGCGCAACGCUGAUCCAUUUCGGUACAUUUGAGGUUUAACUCAGACCUCAGUUAAUGGAAAGUUUGCCGUUCAGAGCUUCGUGUAAUUAGUUAAUUGUGUUGAUUUGUAUGUUGGAAUGGCUACGAUUUUCAACUGCGCAUGCGCCGAUUUCCUGGCCGUGGUAAUAGCCUGCGUGAUCGGUCUAAUCACGUUCUUCAAAUGGAGGUUUAAAUACUGGGAAAGAAAGGGCUUACCUUACAUCCGACCCUCCUUCCCUUUCGGCACCAUGCAGAAUCCGUUACGUCCGAAAGCGAACUUCGGGUUAACCAUCAAGGGCCAGUAUGCGGAGUCUAAACAGAAAGGGCUUCGACACGUGGGACUAUUCACAUUUACGAAGCCCACUUACUUGGCCAUCGACUUGGAGUACGUGAGAAAUGUGCUCUCCAGUGAUUUCGAGCACUUCGUUGAUCGCGGUGUGUAUUCGAACGAGAAGGACGAUCCUCUCAGUGCGAACCUGGCAGCGCUGCGGGGGGCGAAGUGGAAGAAGCUGCGAGCUAAGCUGACUCCCACGUUUACCUCAGGGAAGAUGAAGAUGAUGUUUCCUCUGCUCGUUGAGUGCGGAAGGCAGAUGGUUGAGGCGAUGUGCACAGAAGAACCUAUCGACAUUAAGGAUUGGCUGGGACGUUUCGGCACCGACGUGAUUGGCUCGUGCGUGUUUGGGAUCGACUGCAACAGCUUCAAGGAGCCGAACUCAGAGUUCAGGGUUACCGGAAAGCGUGCAUUCAUGUGGACCAAAUGGGAGAGUGCCAGAAAUUUUUUGGCGUUUUCCAACCCGAACCUCGCCUUAAAACUGGGGAUCCGAACCAUUCCUGCUGAAGUAUCAAAUGUCUUUCAGAAGCUGGUUCGCGAGGCGGUGGAAAUGCGAGAAAAAAGUGGGGUUAAGCGCGGCGAUUUCCUGCAAGUCUUGCUGGAUUUGAAGAACAGCACAGACGAAGAAGAGCAACCCCACUUGUCAAUUACCGAAAUGACAGCGCAAGCAUUUCUGUUUUUCGUCGCUGGAUUUGAAACGUCAUCUUCAACUUUAUCAUUCUGUUUGUUCGAAUUAGCCCAACACCAAGACAUGCAGGAGAAGGUUCGGGAGGAGAUUGAGUCAGUUUUGGGCACUCACAACGAACUUACUUACGAAGCUAUUAAGGAACUGAAGUACACGAGGCAGGUCAUCGACGAAACCUUGAGAAAGUACCCUCCGCUACCCCACCUGGUGAGAAGGUGUGUAAAGGACUACAAAGUGCCCGGUACCAACUUGACCAUUGAGAAAGGCACAGCAGUAACCGUAUCGGUCUACGGCAUCCACUACGACCCCGACUACUACCCCAACCCCGAACAGUUCGACCCCGAAAGAUUCAGCGCCGAAAACAAGCCGACGAUCAAGCCCUUUACCUACUUGCCGUUCGGCGAGGGACCGCGAAUGUGCAUCGGUCUGCGCUUCGGACUUAUGCAAGUGGCGGUUGGAUUGGCGCUACUUUUAAAAAAUUUCCGUUUCACUUUGAGCGAAAAAACCAAGGUUCCUCUCAAGUACAACGCCAACAGCAUCAUUCUGUCGGUUGUGGGAGAUAUAUGGCUAAAAGUUCACAAAAUACAGUGAGAUUUCACUAUGUACAUAGCGUUUUUUAAAGAAUAAAUUUUGUAUUUACUCACUA